GUUUGGAAACGAGGCAUUCCAUGUAGAAAAUUUCAAGGCCUUCGCACUGACUGGCCUCCAGAUGUUAAAGGCAUUACAACACUCUGGGAGUGGUGUUUUCUGGACAAUUAUCUGGAAUGGAGCAAGAACACUGAUGGUUCGUUUCCCGUUGUCAGUCUCGAAGUUUAUGUGACCGAGAGUCCGUAUAACAUGUCUUCAGGGAUCUAUUACAAAGGUCUUCGGUUCUGGUAUAAUUUCUAUGACAUGAUAAAGCAGAGUUCGGUGUACUUAGACAAUGUCGCCUUUGACAUUUCAAGCUGCUUCUCGGCAAAUCAUAAGGAAUUUCUGGAGUUUCGAGUAUCCUAUGAUCUACAAUAUUUUCAAGAAUUGCAAGAUGUUAUCAUCAAUCCAAUGUUUCGAGCAGAAUGGAAAGAAGGGAUCACAGCUGCUGCGCAACUUAAGAAGGCCUCUUUGAGAAUUACUCAAAUGAAAAGUAUAAUAGUUGGGAAAGACUUUUUCGUCCAAUUCACGGUCUUGGAUCGUCAUCCUGAUCUUCCAGAUGGAAUACGUAAGAAUGAAAUAAGUAUGGCAGACGUUAUAAGCAAUUUAACAAAGGCAGUUGACUUGAAAGAAAUUGGUGUAGACUGGCCUCUGCCGAACGGAGACAAGAACGUCAUUUUGAAGCUGAGAAGCGUUCCAAACACUCUAAAAAACCAGUUCGAAAGAGAAUAUGAAAAUACUACAACUACAACAACAACAACAACUACUACUACUACUUCUUCUCCGGCUACUGAAACAACAACAACAACAACGAAGAAACCCUCCUCCUCAAGUUCCACAAGCUCUUCGAGCAUUUCUACAAAGGAGGUUGUUACAACCACAGUGGUUCCUAAGAAGACUACAACUCUUGAAACUACAGUAUUGAGUACAUCAACUGAGAACCCAGAAACUACCACAGAAUACAAAAAGAAGAAUGAUAAACAGAAGCUGUAUUCUCCAGGAACAAUGGGAGGCGUUGCUAUAGCAAUGUUAGUUAUUGGUAUUGGGUUGGGUGCAGGAGGAACCUUCGCGAAGUCCAAGUUUUUUGAUAACCGUAGCAGUAAUUAUUGAAACUGAAACUAACUAUUCAGGUUCCGUGUAUUUGGUUUGAAGGUCAACGAGGAGCGUUUCGCAUGAAAGUGAUAUACACUUAACUCCAGUAUAUUUUAAGAUGCAAAUAAUUGUUAAGCUUUAGAAGCUACGUUCUUGGCAGGCUUAACGAUUAGGAGAUUUUAAAAUAUAUAGGGAUAGAUAAUGAUUAAGAUUAUAAUAUUUUGGAAACAGCAUAUAUAAAUUUAAUUUAUACUUUUAUUAAUAGUUACAAUAAUGUUUUAGUGUUUCUAUUAUCACUGAUGAAAUAAUUCUUUCACUGAUACUCAAAACUUCGAUAGUCAGAAAGUUUUCUUUUUUUUUCCAUUUGAUUCUUUUGGAAAUAGUUUUUACGAGCAUUUGAUAAAACAGACUUUUAUGUACGUAAUAGUGAAUAAUAAGAAUAACUUAAAUAAAUAGAAUAAGAUGAUAAUCUUGUUCAAAAACAACAGCAAAGAAAAACGUCAGUUCAGUUUAACACCCUAAAAUAUGUGGAUCUGUUUAAGGAUCUUAUUCAAAGAUAAGGAAGAUCAUUAAAAAUUAGAUCCACUUGAUGUGAAACAUGACAGGUUACAGACCAUCUGUUUCAUAAUGUUUUGCUUAUAUUUAUCCUGUUGGAACACGAAUGUUAUUGUAGAGAAAAUUUGGUGUCCCUGAUAACCUGAAGCUUGAUAUUUUUGCUGUUAAUAUAAAAGUAUAAGUAUUUCAUGGCUGAUAAUAAAAUACAAUUCAUAAA